AUGGGUGACCGUCCCAAUAUGACAGAAGAAUCUAUAAUAAAAGUGGAAGGUGGCGUAGGGAGCUCCAGGGAGCAUGGUAAGCGGGAUUUAGAAGAAGAAUUCAACAUGCAGAGAGCCAAAAUGAAAGAGCUCUUUUUACAAAAAGAAGAUGAUUUGAGAAAACUUCGACUCGAAAAGGAACAGCUUGAUUCAGAAGUGCUGGGUUUGAGAGCGGAGUUACAACAACUGCAAACACUUAGUGAGAACCAAGUCUCUGAAAUACAGAGCUUACAGAUGUUAGUUAGUGAAACUAUAGAAGCAUCAUCGUCAGGAACAGAAGAGAUCAGACGGCUUCAGACCAAGAAUUUGGAGCUAGAACAGCAAUUACAACAGCUACGCACACAGCAACAGGAAGUGUCGCUCGCGCCGGCCACCUUCGUGCGGAGUUUGGCGCGGAAACUCGGAGCCGACACUGACUUGGACCAGCCUGUCAAGAAGAAUGCCGAAGACGGCGAGCUGGCCCGCGCCAUCAUUCAACCGAUGGAGAUGGAGAUCACCGCCCUCAAGAACAAGCUGAGGGAGACGGACGCCAAGUUGCAGGAGGCUCUGAGAAAUACUGCAAACGCAACGACAACGUCGUGUUCUGUAGACGUUAGAACAGAAGUAGACGAUCAAUUGGCGGUGGGCGGUGCGGGGCGGGGCGGCAAAGCUCGGGCCGCGGCGUGUGACAUGUGCGCCAACUACGAGAGGCAGCUGGUAGCAGAACAGGCCCGAGCUGACUCCGCCAGGGAGAAGGCGAUACGCGCGGAGAGCGCACUUAAAUUGGCUACGGAGGAGUUGGAAGGAGUCAGGUCGAUACACGACGAAACAAUUAGGAAUUGGCAAGCCGAGCGGGCCGACAGCUGUUCCCGAAUCAGCGAACUGAGUGAGGCUGUGAAGCAAGCGCAGGAGCUGGUGCGGCAGCGUUGUGCGGCUGCUGAGGAGGCCUCGCAGCGUGCGCUUGAGCAAGUCACCACGCUCACUGUCGACCGGGAGACGCUGCAAAAGAAGUUGGACAGUCUAGAGAGAGAUAACGCUAUGCUUAUAGGGCAAUACACGAAGAAGGCGGUCGAAAUGCAAAACGAAGUUAUUAAUCUACCGGAUAACGCUACAGAGCUACAAGAGCAAUGCCUUCAACUCCGAGAGCAGUUGAUCUUCAGUCAAUUAGGUCGCGAAGAAGCAGACGCGAGCGAGCAGGAGUUGCGGAACCAGCUCCUGUCCCACGCUGCUCUGCUGCAUCAGCAGGAAGCAACGUUAACCAAGACUAAUGCUGAACUUCGGGAUUGCAGAGAUCAAUUAGAUAAGUUGCAAACGGAGCGCGAACAAUUGGUGGACUUCGCGCACAAACUGAGACAGUCCACGGACGUCAUUGAGGAGUUACUCGAAGAUAAGAAACGGCUGCAGAGCGAAGUGGCCGAGACGAGGUCUCGUGUCUCUGUGCUUCAGCAGGAACUGGACAACAGUGAGAAAGUGCAACAGGACUUCGUUAGGCUAUCACAAUCACUGCAGGUGCAACUCCAGCGCAUUCGCGAAGCGGACACCGAGGUGCGAUGGCAAUUCGACGAAGACGUGUGCGAGUGUCCCUCCUGUCACGCUUCACUUCCCAACAGCAAGAAGAAGGUCCACUGUAUGCACUGCGGGCGCAUAUUCUGCGGCAACUGCGUCUCCCACACGGUCCCGAGUGGGCCCCGCGGUGCCCCAGCACGAGUCUGCUCAGUCUGCAGCACCCUGUUGCAGCCCCACACCGCACCGUACUUCAGCACCGCGCCACCUCACUCCCCUGACUAA